GUGAAGAAGAUAUCGAAGAUGGUGAUACCAUUACUAAAACUAUAACUACUAAUGAAGAAAUAAAAGCUUAUUUUAGGACCUGUGAAAGAAUGAUACAAGAAGAAAGAGCUGCAAUUGAAGAUGAAAAUAUUUCUAAUUUCAUAUUCUUGCCAGCAGAAGAUGUUUUUGACUUGGUAGGAGAAACAGAACAUCCUGCUAACAAUAAGGAUGCUAAAUGGGCUAUAAAAGAUUUAUUUAAACCUUUAGAUAUCAAUCUCUGGUAG